GAAUCUCUAUAGAAAAACAUCAGAUUAUUAUAUGAUUGACCUUUAUCUUAUUUUCUUGUUGGUUUUGGAAAAACAAAAUGGGUCAAGCUUUGGGUUGUAUUCAAGUUGAUCAGUCGAAUGUAGCAAUCAAAGAGACUUUUGGGAAGUUCGACGAAGUUCUUGAGCCGGGUUGUCACUGUUUGCCAUGGUGUUUGGGAAGUCAAGUCGCUGGUCACCUUUCCUUACGUGUUCAACAGCUCGAUGUUCGCUGCGAGACAAAAACUAAGGAUAAUGUGUUUGUCACGGUUGUUGCUUCCAUUCAAUACCGUGCCUUAGCGGAGAGUGCUCAAGAUGCUUUUUACAAGCUUAGCAACACAAGGAAUCAGAUUCAAGCUUAUGUCUUUGAUGUGAUCCGAGCAAGUGUACCUAAGCUGGAUCUUGACUCAACCUUUGAGCAAAAGAAUGACAUUGCAAAAACCGUUGAGACUGAGCUUGAAAAGGCUAUGUCGCAUUACGGGUAUGAGAUUGUUCAGACACUGAUUGUGGAUAUCGAGCCUGAUGUGCACGUCAAGAGGGCAAUGAAUGAGAUCAAUGCUGCUUCUAGAAUGAGAGAGGCAGCGAGUGAGAAAGCUGAGGCAGAGAAGAUUCUGCAGAUCAAGAGAGCUGAGGGAGAAGCUGAAUCGAAAUACCUUUCAGGUAUGGGUAUUGCCCGUCAGAGACAAGCCAUUGUGGACGGUCUGAGAAACAGCGUGCUCGCCUUCUCUGAGUCUGUUCCAGGAACAUCUUCGAAAGACGUGAUGGAUAUGGUUCUGGUUACUCAGUACUUCGACACAUUGAAGGAAAUUGGUGCUUCUUCGAAGUCAAACUCGGUGUUCAUACCGCACGGUCCAGGUGCUGUUAAGGACAUUGCUUCACAGAUCAGGGAUGGUCUUCUUCAGGGUAACUCUGCUGCUGAGUAAAGAGGUCUCAAAGUACAAAGGCUUUUCAGGGUUUAGAGUUGUGUUGUUGCUUCUUAGUUUAUCUUUAGAGGUUUGACGUUCUAUUUGCGAAGUCUACAUGGAUUCUUAAAUUUCUUAUCGCUUCACUGUUCUACUUCUAGGCUUGUAAACUGGAUCCACUGUCUUGCUUUGUGGGUUUGUGGAUAUAGUUUGGGCUUGAAAAUAUUUGACUUGUUUUGGGUUUUAAAUGUGAUUUUUGUGUCAAGAAAGUUUUUAUUUUUAA